AUGGAGGCCUACUUGCGCGACGCUGGCUUUCAUCUGCACCUGCCACGCCUGCUGGCCGGCGUCCAGGGUGGCGGCGGCUGCAUUCCUCUCUUCCAGGAGAUCCCCAUCUCUGGCAACGCGGAGAAGGUUGCAUUCUUUUCUUUUGGACGUUGCCUCUUGGACGAAAAUUGCAUCAGCAAGCUGCCUGCAGAUACAAACAAACACUAUGAGCAGUUUGCAAACGCAUGCAACAUCGACGACCUCGUGUCUUAUAUGCAGGCCGAAAAGGCAUAUGCUCAAAUUAUGCUACGUGCCCAGGUGCAGAAGAGCAGCAAACCACUGGAAACAAUGGCCAUAGUCCAAGAUAAAGACCACCCCAUCUCAUCACCCCAGCAUGAUGAUACGGAUGAAAAGAAGAGCACAAUCUCAGUGCCCCCAGAAGCUACCGAUGACGAGAAGCCAUUCCCGUUCUUCGGGCUGCUUUGCUAUGCUGAUAAGGUGGAUUGGCUCCUCAUGGCCCUGGGAACCCUCGGGUCUGCCAUCCACGGCAUGGCAUUCCCGAUCGGGUAUCUCCUUCUCGGGAAAGCACUUGAUGCCUUUGGAACCAACAUAAAUGACCAGGAUGGCAUGCUUGGUCAUUUUGUCGCAAGCUUCUCCACUUUCUUUGCUGGUAUAGUAAUUGCAUUUGCCAGCUGCUGGGAAGUCGCAAUGCUGUCCUUCCUGGUUAUUCCUCUGAUCCUCGCUAUCGGGGCAACAUAUACGAAAAAGAUGAACGGCAUAUCGUUGUCACGCAAUGCUAUCGUCUCAGAAGCAACAUCUGUUGUAGAACAGACAUUGUCACAUAUCAAGACCGUCUUCUCCUUUGUCGGAGAGAACUGGGCCAUGAAAUCCUUCGUCCAGUGCACACACAAUCAAUACAAACUAAGCAGGAAGGAAGCAAUGAUAAAGGGAAUAGGGCUGGGCUUGUUCCAGACAGUGACCUUUUGUUCAUGGGCACUCAUGGUUUGGAUUGGGGCAGUUGCAACUAAAUUGUUUGCGUUCACCACAUGGAUGGACUGCAGAUCAAUUACCUACGCUGCACCAGACCUUCAGACCUUUAAUCAAGCAAAAGCUGCAGGAAAAGAGGUCUUCAAGGUAGGCUUCUGCCAUCUUCCUACUGAAACUAUAAGACUGAAGAAAGCCAAUAGUUGGUCAGUGAUGAGACGUAUUACUGCAGGUGACAUAUUCAUUGAUGGUCAUAGUAUCAAGAAAAUUGAUCUGAAAUCCCUGCGCAGAAAUAUAGCUUCAGUAUCUCAGGAGCCAUCGUUGUUUUCUGGUACUAUCAAGGACAACUUGAGGAUUGGUAAAAUGGAUGCAACUGACGAAGAGAUAACUGAAGCAGCAACGACAGCUAACAUUCAUUCCUUUAUAUCUAAACUUCCGAAUGGAUACUUAACAGAGGUAGGAGAAAGAGGUGUGCAGUUGUCAGGAGGCCAGAAACAAAGAGUAGCUAUUGCAAGGGCAAUGCUGAAGGAUCCACCAAUUCUCCUCCUGGAUGAAGCAACAAGUGCCCUUGAUUCAGAAUCAGAAAAGCUAGUACAGGAUGCACUUGAGAGAGCCAUGAGUGGGAGGACUGUUAUCUUGAUUGCUCACAGGAUGUCCACAAUUGUAAACGCUGAUACCAUUGUUGUUGUCGAGAACGGAAGAGUAGCACAAACCGGGACACAUCAAGAGUUGCUCGAGAAAAGCACAUUCUACUCAAACAUAUGCAGCAUGCAAAAUAUUGAGAAGGAAGCUGGAAAGAGGGUAGCAAGCCCUUCUGAUAAUGUAAUAGAAGAACAAAGCAAUGAAGCAUACGACAGGCAGCCCACAAUGAAGCAGGGACCGCAGAACAAACUGGAACCACUAAACUCAAAACAACCAAAGAAAGAGGUCAGAAAGGAAACGCCUCCUUUCUUUAGAAUUUGGUAUGGGCUACGUAAAGAUGACAUUGCAAAGAUUCUAUUAGGCUCCUCAGCAGCAGCCAUCUCAGGAAUCUCAAAGCCCUUGUUUGGUUACUUUAUCAUGACAAUUGGUGUGGCAUAUUACGAAACAAAUGCAACAAAAAAAGUUGGUCAGUAUUCUUUGAUUUUCUUUGGGGCUGGGAUGAUCACACUGGCCAGCAGCAUUUUGCAGCACUAUAUUUAUGGUGUUAUUGGAGAAAAGGCAAUGAUAAACCUAAGGGAGGCCCUCUUUUCAUCUGUUCUCCGGAAUGAACUUGGUUGGUUUGAAAAGCCAAAAAAUGGCGUAGGAUCUCUUACCUCACACAUUGUCAGCGACACCUCAACAGUCAAGACCAUCAUAUCUGAUAGGAUGGCAGUCAUUGUGCAAUGCAUCUCUUCAAUCCUGAUAGCAACGACAGUUAGCAUGUACGUCAACUGGAGGAUGGGUUUAGUAUCAUGGGCAGUCAUGCCAUGCCAUUUCAUUGGCGGACUCAUUCAAGCCAGGUCAGCUAAAGGAUUCUAUGGGGAUGCUGCUAUUGCCCACCAGGAACUUGUUUCCCUUGCUUCAGAGGCAACGAGCAACAUCCGAACCGUGGCAUCCUUUGUUUAUGAAGAUGAAAUAAUUAAGAAAGCAGAACUGUCACUGCAAGAACCCCUGAGAAUUACCAAGAUUGAGAGCAUGAAGUAUGGGGUAAUCCAAGGGAUAUCGCUCUGUCUGUGGAACAUCGCACAUGCAGUGGCACUCUGGUACACCACGGUUCUGGUUCAGAGAAAGCAAGCAACAUUUGAGAACAGCAUACGGUCAUACCAGAUAUUCUCGCUCACAGUACCUUCCAUCACAGAGUUAUGGACCCUGAUUCCCAUGGUCAUGUCAGCCAUUACUAUACUGAAUCCUGCAUUUGACAUGCUUGACAGAGAGACACAAAUUGUGCCAGAUGAACCAAAAACGACAAGCGAAAACUGGAUCGUCGGGAGAACUGAGUUUCAGCAUGUGAGCUUCAACUAUCCAUCACGACCAGAGGUCACCAUUCUGGAUGGCUUCAAUCUAGUCAUCGAACCUGGCCAAAGAGUAGCACUGGUUGGGCCAAGUGGUGCAGGAAAAUCAUCUGUCCUGGCUCUACUAUUGAGAUUCUAUGAUCCUCACAUGGGUACAGUACUAAUUGACAACAAGAACAUAAGAAACUACAAUCUCAGAUGGCUCAGGAAGCAAAUUGGAUUAGUUCAACAGGAACCAAUUCUCUUCAAUUCAUCCAUCAGAGAUAACAUUAGUUACGGAAGUGAAGAAUCUUCAGAAAUGGAAAUCAUACAGGCUGCCAUGGACGCGAACAUUCACGAGUUCAUCAGUGGUCUGCCAGAAGGUUAUGACACAGUUGUUGGAGACAAAGGAGGUCAGCUUUCAGGAGGGCAGAAGCAGCGAAUAGCUAUUGCAAGAACCGUACUAAAGAGGCCAGCCAUUCUACUUCUUGAUGAGGCAACUAGCGCACUUGAUGGUGAGUCUGAGAGGGUGGUGAUGAGUUCUUUAGGGGCCAAGGAGUGGAAGAACAGAGAUGAGCAAUCAAGCAAGAUUACAAGUAUCACGGUGGCGCAUAGAUUAUCCACGGUCAUAAACACAGACGUAAUUGUCGUGAUGGAGAAAGGAAAGGUGGUCGAACUUGGGGAUCACCAAACAUUGAUAUCUGCAGAUGAUGGUGUUUACUCAAGGCUGUUCCACUUGCAAAGCAACAUGAAGGAUUGA